UGGUCUCGCGGCCGUCUCCCCCUUCACCAUGACAACGACAGAUUUCUAGCAUCGUCAUCAGAGAACAACCGUAGGCGCGUUUGCUCAGGAUUUAAAGACGAAUAUUAUGUACAAAUAUUAUGUACAAAUAUCGUUAAUUUACGGAUAAUUAUUUAAUGUAGGAAGGUUGUUUUUCUGUGUGGAUGUGUCGGAGAGCAGGUGGAUGCAGAAGAGGGUGUUUAACUGCGUGACCAACAUGGCUCUUCUUCAGCAUCCCCGCCUGCUGCUAGCUUGUUUCGUUGUGUUGUUGACCGCAGCCCGACCAACUGACGCUCGGUCUUUGCCAAUAUCGGAUCUAAAAUCCAAGAUAUCCAGCGUGGAGGAUCUCCUGGAGGAGUUCCGCAAGCAGCUGCAGCAGGACCAGACGUACAAGGCAGCAGGCGAUGUGGUUGACUCCUGUGUGGGCGACUUCAACGCCGUAGGGGAGCGCAUCAUCCGAGCCAAGGCCUCCAUCGAGCAGGGGGCCACCUUCCUGCUGGCCCCGGACAGGGUGUUCUCCUGGAGGGACUGUCUGCACGCCUGCUGCUCCCAGCCGCACUGCACCGUGGCGGUGGUUCAGCAGGACCUGAGGCAGCCCGGGGACAGUCUCAGCUGCUACCUGUUCAACUGCACAUACAGGAAUAAAAAUGUCUGCUCCUUCGCUCCUCAGCAGGGCUUCACCACAUACAGCCGGAAUCCCAACAACACGCAGGAACAACUCCCUGUUUCCCCCGGCAGCCCCGCGAGGAGGCCCGGGGAGGGACAUCCAGAAGAGGAGAAUACACAAGCAGAUGAGCCCCCCCGCAGUGAUGCUGGACAGGAUGUGGUGAUCCAGCUGCCCACAGACUGGGCCGUCCUGGAUGGGCGGGACAGCGUGGACGACCACAGGAUCAGCUACUACGAGUGGACUCUCGUUAAGGGAGACACUGCCAUCAAUAUGAAGGCGACUCAUCCUGGGCUGUUGAAGAUCAGCGGUCUGCAGGAGGGCGUAUACUCCUUCCAGAUGACUGUCACAGACACAGCGGGACAGAAGAGCUCUGACAACGUCUCCGUCACUGUGCUGGCACCAAAACACCAAGCAGAAGUGUGCACGGGUUCCUGUUCAAAGUACCAGUUUAAGUGUGAUGACGGCUGCUGUAUUGACAUCACCUACGCCUGUGACGGGAAGCAGCACUGUACCGACCGCUCGGACGAAGACUUCUGCCCAAAAUUUGAAAGCAACAGGAAGUCGGUGACCCACCCUGCUGAUGAGUCAAACCGUCCUGCAGCGCAGACGGAGGAGACAGGGGACGGCUCCAUGCUGCAGUUAGGGCUCGGAAAGACCAUCGAGAACGUCCCACCUCCUAUGGACAGGAGCUACGCCGGUCCCCCACAAAGUCCCGGUCAGCAGGAGGCUCCGGUCGGCCAAGAUCCAUGUGCUGCAGCUCCAGUUGUCGGACCCUGUAAAGGCACCUUUCCACGCUGGUACUACGACCACAAUGGGGGAGAAUGCAAACACUUCCUGUACGGCGGUUGCCAGGGCAACCAUAACAAUUUCCUCCAGGAAUCUGACUGCGUCAGCGAAUGUAUACAAAAAGGCCCGGCUUUCAAACCGGCAACUGCAGCUCCACCAAUCACCAAACCGACUGAGAUAGCUGCCCCUAAAGUCUCUCAGAGCCAACCAGAGAGCAGCUUCCCCAUCGCCAAACCAUUUCCAGUACGAGGAGGGCAUCCACCACCUGAGUCAGGUGCGAUCCUGCCUCUGGCUCUCGGCCUCAUCAUCACCUCUCUGCUGCUGCUCAUGAUCGGCUGUCGACUCAGACUCGUUCGACACAAGAUUAAGAAAACCCGCCCCCUUACCACAGAGGAGUCAGAUUACCUCAUCAACGGCAUGUACCUGUAGCCAAUCAGCAAACACGUGAGAUCUGAGAAACAGUGGGUGUUGUUGUCUGAGCCUGGACUUUUUGAUUUUGCUCUCCCAACUCUCUUCUGUUUCUGAACCUCCCCGCACAGACUGAACCCUUCUGACUUGGUAAACUGAUAGAUGCUCCCUUCAAAGCCACAUAUUCAGAUGCUUGUCAUUCAUACUUACGUCUUAAGAAAUAUCUGCGAUGGAAGAGCUCGUAUUUAGAUACUGAUAUACAGCUGUCUGCAUUACCCCCAAUGACUUCUGGGAUACAUGCAGUACAAGAGUCUUGGGGUGUUUCUCAAUGUCAAGGACGCUUCCUUAGUAGGACAUGUCUUCCGAGUCACUUGCUUCAGAAGUUAGGCAAGAAUCCUUCCUGGCAUUCGGAAAACGAAGAAUGGAACAGGCGAGCAAGUGUCCAGGUGUGCUCAUAUGAGGCCCCGUCUUACAUUCUCCGCAACAGAUUUUGGGAAAUUGGUCCGUGCGCAAAGCAUUGUGGGGAUUUUAAGACCUUGGAGGAUACACAUCUCGGUAGAAUUCCAAGGAGCUUGGCCAUUGGAACAGUCCUUCGGCGGGUCUCGAUGACGUAGCAUCCUUGAAAUAGUGGCUCUGGAGCAUCCUUCCUUGACAUUGAGAAACACCCUUGGUCCCCUUUUUGAACAUGUAUUUUAUUCCUCCAAAAAUCAGCUGAAUAUCAAACAUAUCAACAAUGCAUCCCAUCUACUGCUACACACAUGCAUGCCGUAUUUCUGCCACUGGAUGGCACCAAUGUGGCAUGUUAGUGGUGAGGAUGUUACCGUUAUUUCACUUGCCAGAAGCCACACAUGUAACACAUUGGAGUGCCUGAUAUAGUGCGCUUUUUUGACUGCUUAACAAUCAGCCACAACUUUUUCCUUAAGCCAUAGCAAGUUGGUCAAAAUCUAUUUCUUUGUAAGUUUUGUUGUAUAUUGUUCUUUAAAAAACAAACUUGUGUGUUGGGGAAUAAUUGGCCCUGCAUGUCCUCCUUCGCCCUCUGACGCAGCUGACCAACCCUGAGCAGCCGCUAUCUCCCGUAAGGAGGGGCUGCCCUAGCAUUUAGUUGAUGUUACCAGUUUGUGACCGGGCAACUCUCGGUCAGAGAUAGUUAUUGUUGUGGGACACCUGGAACACAUCCUUCUCGGGGUGUAGAUGACCCCGAGCCAUAAGCGACAACAAAUGUGAUUCAGUGUCCUCAGCUGUUUAGUCUAUCUAUUGAAGAAUGUGGAUUAUUCCACUUUGAACUCGUU